CCGGGCAACCGGGCAGCGGGGCUGGGCCGGAGGAUGAAGCAGGCGCUGGUGGACGACACGGAGGAUGUAUCCCUCGACUUCGGGAGCGAGGAGGAGCUGGCGCUGCGGAAAGCAAAGAUCAGGCACCCACUGGCCACCUUUUUCCACCUGUUUUUCCGAGUGAGUGCUAUUAUUACCUACUUGUUCUGUGACUGGUUCAGCAACAGCUUUGUUGCCUGUUUUGUCACUAUUCUCCUCCUUCUAUCCUUUGACUUUUGGUCAGUUAAGAACGUGACAGGAAGACUCUUGGUUGGUUUGCGCUGGUGGAACCAGAUUGAUGAAGAUGGAAAAAGCCACUGGGUGUUUGAAGCAAAAAGGGUGCCUGCAGUAGCUGCUGCAACUGAAGCUGAAGCGCGAAUCUUCUGGCUUGGUCUCAUUAUCUGCCCAGUUAUUUGGACAGUGUUUCUCUUCAGCACCUUGUUCUCUCUGAAGCUGAAAUGGCUGGCUCUUGUGAUAGCUGGCAUCUCCCUUCAGACUGCUAAUUUGUAUGGUUACAUCCACUGCAAAUUAGGAGGACAAAAAAGCAUCAGCAGAGCAACUUCAAGGUUUUUCGUCACAGCAGCUGUUCCCAAGAGACAGACAAGGAGAAUUUCAGAAGAUGGCACUAAAGAACAUGGGAAGACAGGCACUAGAUAAAUAAGGCAGAACUAAAAGGAUGAGCAGUAAAAAUACUCAUUUAUGACACCUGUUCUUCAGAUGAAGAUAUUUAAGUAAAGCUCUUCUAGAAUUACACCUGCAUGAAAUGAUUUGU